GCUUGCACCCGUCGAUAUAAUGUAUUAAUGUUUACGCUGUUUGCGUAGACGCUCUUCUUCGCCCUCCGUUGUCUACCACGCACGGGCAGACGAUGUGCAGCAGCGCCCUCUGCGGUCACAGAUCCUGAUGGGUCACAGCUUUCGGUGCAACACCGGCAGGCAGGAUAAAGUGCAUCGGUAAAGAGGCUUCACUUCCCAAACAUGAAGUUCCUUAACAAAGACGAACUGCAGAUCGCUGAAGGAGUUCUGCUAAAACACUUACCCAAGAGUUCUAAGGUAUACGGUUUCCUAUAUGGUAUUAACAGGAACAAACCAAGCACACUGGAGGUAAUCGUUGACACAUGGCCUGAUUUUAAAGUCAUCAUUUGCCGACCUGACCCCAAUAACAAGCGCGCCCUGGAGUUUAUGAAAAAGGUGACAUACUACAGCAUGGAUGAACCGAGUUUAAGGAAAAUGCUGACAGAAGAGAAUGCAAUUGACUGGAGCACCUACUUCCUUAUUGGAGGAUUUGACAUUUCCCAUACCUCCAUGCUCAAAGAAGUGGCUUCUGGCAGAGAAGUCAACAACAGAUGCUAUACUGUGGUGCAUCUUAUGUAUCUGCCAGACAGCAGCCAUCUGCUCACACCAGCAGCUGGCAGUGAGUUUGAAUCAAGGAUUUCAUCUCUUAACCUUUCCCACGUUGACUUGGUGAAUAAAACCUGGAAGUUUGGAGGGAAUGAGCAGGGUUACAGAAACAUUCAAAACCUCAUCAGCAACUUCCCGUCAUGCUGCAUCACUGACGGCCAGGACCAACCGGUGUCCUGGAUUCUUGUGUAUGAUUACUGUGCUUUGGGCUUAUUGUACACUCUGCCAGAGCAUAGAGGGAGAGGCUACUCCAAAGUCCUGGUCAGCACCAUGGCCAAGAGACUCCACGCUGAGGGCUACCCAGUGUACUGCUUCAUAGAGGAGGAGAACACGGUCUCCUACACGCUCUUUAAAAAACUGGGCUUCAUUGAGGAUCCCUCAUACAGGGCGGCAUGGUUUGAGUUCAACUUUUGAUUUUGUAACCAUUUCUAACAAGUGUUUGUAUAAAAAUAACUUUCAUUGUUUCCUAUGAGAAUGUGAUUAAAAUGUAAAUUGUAUGAAUUAUAUAGGCUCUCCAAAGCAUUGCAUCAAAACCUGGUUAUAAUGGUGGUAUAAGGAAAAAUGGCAUUGCUGACAUGAAUAAUGGUCCGUGUACUUGGUGGCCAACGGAUUUUCGUUUUGAAAAGAAAAAAACAAAAACGAAAAACGGCCAGUUUCCCA